AAUCCGCCGCCGCCGUCGCCGCCGCCGGUCGCCUCCAUCGCUGCAAACCCCUCCUCCUCCUCCGCCGCCGCCGCCGGCGGCCAUAACCAAACCGCUCCUCCGAGAUGUCCUCCUCGCAAUCUCUCCUCCUCCUCGCGGCCCCUCUCUCCCCACCCACCCUUCCCCGCCUCGUUCCCCCUCCUCCCACCUCCGCUCCCCGCCUCCCCCGCCUCGCCGCCAACCUCUCCCGCCCGCCACCCCUCGCGAUCUCCUCUCCUGGCUGUGAUGGCGGUGGUGGUGGCGGAGGAGGAGGAGGAGGAGGUGGGUGGUGGAGGCAAGGGGGGAGUGGCCCUCCUGACCCCGGCGACGGGUGGUGGCGGUGGCUCCAGUCGCUCCACCCCGAGCUCCUCCUCCUCUUCGUGCUCCUCCACUCGGGCGCCUUCGCCGCCAUCCCGGCCGCGCUCGCCGAGGCCAUCGGCGGUAGCGGCGGCAGGGAGGGAGCGAGCGUCUGGGAGGUGAGGGGCGGUGCGCGCACGCUGCUCGUGCCGGACCCGACCGGGACCUCCUACGUCGUCGCGGGAGACGGGAGGCGGAAGCAGGCGGAGGGGGAGGAUGCGGAGAAGGCCGGUGCCGGCCGUGCCGAGCUGGCUGCGCUGCGGCGCCAGCUGGAGCUGUCGUGGCGGCGGUGCGCCACGGUCGCCGUUCAGCUGCUGCUCCCGGAUGGGUACCCUGACAGCGUGAGCAGCGACUACCUGCAGUACUCGCUGUGGCGCGGCGUGCAGGGCAUCGCCAGCCAGAUCAGUGGCGUGCUCUCGACGCAGGCAUUGUUGUAUGCGGUUGGAUUGGGGAAAGGCGCUAUACCUACCGCGGCAGCGGUGAAUUGGGUGCUGAAGGAUGGGUUGGGGUACCUGAGCAAGAUAUUGCUAUCGAAAUUCGGCCGGCAUUUCGAUGUUAACCCAAAGGGGUGGCGAUUGUUCGCCGAUCUUCUGGAGAACACGGCUUAUGGGCUGGAGAUUUUAACUCCGGUCUUUCCUCACCUGUUUGUUCCAAUUGGGGCUGCCGCUGGAGCUGGUCGAUCAGCAGCUGCUUUGAUACAGGCUGCCACCAGGAGUUGUUUCUAUGCUGGAUUUGCUGUGCAAAGGAACUUUGCUGAGGUCAUUGCAAAGGGUGAGGCACAAGGAAUGGUCAGCAAAUUCCUGGGGAUAAUGCUAGGGAUAGCAUUAGCUAAUCGCAUUGGCUCUUCUGUAUCAUUAGCUCUUAUUUCAUUUGCUGGAGUUACUGCAGUUCACAUGUAUUGCAACCUCAAGUCUUAUCAAUCGAUUCAGCUGAGGACACUGAAUCCUUAUCGUGCAAGUUUGGUGUUCAGUGAGUAUCUAUUGAGUGGACAAGUUCCUUCAGUCAAAGAGGUUAACGACGAGGAACCCCUUUUCCUGAAUCUAUCUAUUGGUACUUCACGUAAAGAAAGCAAGAUUUUGUCACCACAGGCAAAAGAUGCUGCAGAAAUAAUUUGUCGGCGGUUGCAGUUGGGUUCUAAACUUAGUGAAAUAAUUGAGAACAAGGAAGAUGCAUGCGCAUUGUUUGAUCUCUACAAAAACGAACAAUACCUUCUUACAGAAUACAAGGGAAAAUUUUGUGUCAUCCUUAAAGAGGGAUCUUCUCCUGAAGAUAUGCUCAAAUCUUUAUUCCAUGUUAACUAUCUCUAUUGGUUGGAGAAAUAUCUGGGCAUCAAACCAAGUGAUGUUGCCUCAGCGUGUAGACCUGGUGGAAGGCUUGAAGCAUCACUCGAUUAUACUCAAAGAGAAUUUAGCCAUGUCAAACUUGAUGGUUCAAAUGGUGGCUGGGUGAUGGAUGGUCUGAUUGCUAGACCGCUACCCGUAAGAAUACGCAUAGGAGAUGCUCCUUCAUAAAACUUCUCAACUUGUUUUGCUCACAUCGACGCCGCUAGAAUGUGUACAGUGGGUUCAUUCUUUGGGCAAUUUCUGAGACCUUGUCAUCAUAUCACAAAUAAUUUGGACGCUUUCUCCAGUGAAGGAAAACAGGCCAGCGCGUCGGGAGUCAUGGGGUGAUUUGGCAUCUUAUUAACAAGCGUCUGUGAACAUAUAGUCUUCAAUUGUUUGGACACAUGAUCUAACCAUAAGAGUUUACAAUCAAGUUCUCAUAAGAUUGGAGCUGGUUAUGUCUUUUUUUUUUUCAUUUGAAUGUAGGGUGUUUAGUUUGUCGACAUUCAUGUCAUGUAGUGGUUGCUCAGGAAACCAACAGCACUUCUUGGACAGUAAUAGAGAAUUAGAGAUAAAGACUAACCAGAGCUAUGCUUGAGGCAAGUACUUCUGAUUAUAGUUGGCUACUCCUACCUGUUGCAAAUAAUAAGUGCAAUUUUCAUAACAACAAUGUAUUUCUUUCUUUUCAUUA